AUGUUGUUUAACUCAGUACUCGCCUUCGCCUCCCUCCCAGCUCUUGCGCUCAGCCAUUCUCUUAGCGCAAAGACACUGGGCCAGCUCCCCCUUGGGACUUGGCUAGAGAGUGUCCUCGUACGCUUCAAUGGCGACCUCCUUAUGACACAGAUGUGGCCCACAGCGACUAUCUACACCAUCCCCAACCCUUUGACUUGCGACACUGGUAUCGAAAAGUUGGUCACCAUUCCGUCCAUUCAUGGAAUCCUGGGUAUCGACCAAGUACCCCUUGGGCCCGGCAAACCGGAGACUUUCGUUGUCGUUGGCAGCAACUCCACUGACGUUGGCAAGCUGACGGUCGGGACAUUCGGUGCCUGGAAAGUUGAGUUCAACCAUAAAAGGCACCAGGCCAAGGUCAAGGUCACAAAGAUUAGCAACAUGACCCCGAACAGCUCUUUUCUGAACGGUGUGGUUGCGAUCCCAGGGGUAUCCGAUGCCGUGCUCGUAUCCGAUUCAAUUCUCGGCGUGGUAGGUCGUCUUGACCUAUCCACCGGAAUCUUUGACACCUCGGCCUUUACUUUUCCCGAGAUGACUCCCAUUCCCGGUGGAUCCUUUGGAAUCAACGGAAUCAAGAUCCACAAUGGCUACCUAUACUGGACCAACUCCAAUGCUGCCACGAUCUACCGCGUCGCCAUCACCUCUAAAGGGGUCUUGGUCAAGGGAGCCAAGCCUCAAAUUGUAUCCAACCUCUCAAAAUCCGUGAGCUUUCUUGACGACUUUGCUUUCAGUAGCGAUGGUUAUAUCUACGCUGCCAGCAACUUUGACAAUUCAGUAGUGCGUGUUGAUACCAAGACUGGAAAGUGGAAGACAGUGGUCGGUGGUAUCCAUGACAUGACGGUGGCGGGAUCCACUGCUGUUGCGUUCGGCAAUGGAAAUCUGGGACAGAAGAAGAUGUUUGUGUCUACUUCUGGUGCUCUCGCUGUGCCUGUUGAUGGAACAAAGACUGAGGGUGCGAAGGUUGUUGUGGUGGACAUUUGA